GGGAAGGAGCUGGGGAGAGAAGAGUAAAAGAGAGGAGGAGACGAGAGAGAAGAGAGGACGCACUCACACCCUCCCACCAGUCUCCUCGAUAUCUAGGAGCGCGCUUAAACUGACAGGCUCCCGCCCAUGGCACGCGACUGAUGGGAUUUCGGGAUGCUCGAUCUGUUCGCGUCACUAGCUGGAGUGUUAUUUUGUUGAUGACGGCGGAUUGAUUGGCAGCCAGCCAGCCAGCCAGCCAGUUUAAGCCACAGGAAGGAUUUCCACCAUCAUGCAGAAGCUGGAAGACCGUGUCCCCUUUUCUCAGUGAAGGGAGGGAGACCGGAGGGAUGGUAGAGGGAUGGCCAGCCACGGGCAGAAUGUCCUCCUUGCGGGGUCCAAGUGCUCCUGGCUCAUCCAGCAUCAAGGCCCGUGUGAAUGAUGAGGUGGUGGACUACACAGAUAUGGCUGCUCUGCCCAGAGACAAAAGUAUUCUUCAGGUGGAGAGACCAGAUCUCAUGACCUACCAACCUCACCUCACCUACUCACCACUAGACGCAGUGUGUACGCCCCGUAAAGAGAGAUCCCUCUCUCCUCCCUCUCCUGAGCUGAAGGUGUGUAGGGAGGAUGGAGGGUCUCCAGGAGGCUCCACAAUUCAGCUCCGAAAGACAUCCAUUCCCCUACAGCAGCAUUUCCACAGGCCAGAUAAUGGUGCCAAUAUCUACAUGAAGCUGCCUAAUUUUAAACAAGAGGUCAGCAAGCAGCAGGUGAUGGGCAGCAUUAUCCAGUCGUCUAAGUUCCCAGCAGCUCAGAAACCAGACCCCAACCUGCCCUCAAAGAUAGAGACAGAGUACUGGCCCUGUCCUCCCUCACUGGCUGCUAUGGAGAUCGAGUGGAGGAAGAGGAAGGAGGAAGAGGACGAGGGGAAGGAUGAGUUUGAAGUCCUGACUGAUGACACCAAGACACUACAGGAGCAGGAACUCCACAAGAUCAAGUCUAACCUGGGCAGGCUGAUCCUGAAGGAGGAGAAGGAGGAGCAGGAGAAGGCUCUACUUGACAUUGGCCGCAGGAAGACGCAGUCACUGCCAGACAGAACACACAUGCACACAAGUUUCUCCUUGAAGUUGUCCUCCAGUUCAGGUCUGACCAGGAUGCAGUCUGCAGAGUUCACUACAGAGGGAAAUCAGGGCAAAACAGCUGAAAAGAAUGGAGAGGCACCGCGGGAAAGGAUGGACAGAGGAAACUCACUGCCAAGUAUGCUGGAACAGAAGAUCUACCCAUAUGAAAUGCUCAUAGUCACCCAUAGAGGGCGCUGCAAGCUGCCGCCGGGUGUGGACCGUACCAGACUGGAGAGACACCUGUCUCCUGAGGACUUUGAGCGUCUGUUCGGAAUGCCCAUCGCCGAGUUCGACUGUCUGUCACUAUGGAAACGAAAUCAUUUGAAAAAGAAUGUUCAACUUUUCUAGCAGAAAGUGACCUUAUCCGUCACAGGAAACAGGAACCACUCCACUGCCUAACGAAGAAUACCCCACAACACCAAACUAUCACACCCUAACUAACCAUAUAUACGUCACAUCCUAACUAGUCCUAUAUCACUGUAGCCAUAUUCAACCUGUAUGUUCCGACGUAUCCUCUAGGGCUCUAUUCAGUCACAUCCGCUUUUGCCGACAUCUGCAUAGCGGUUGUUUUGGCGGUGUCAGAGGUAGAACUGCACUAGAGCUGUCAAAUCCACAAGCGCCUCCUGGCUUUAUACCUAAAGCG